AUGGAAGCGAUUCACGCUUUGACCGACUUCCUGGGCCACUUCACACCCGCCCAGUAUUGUCAGACGUACUACCUGUUUGGCGCGGCUGUCAUACUUAGCGUCCAUGUUCUCCCCAGAGAGCUGCAAAGUGCGUUGCUGGACUACGGCGCGAGGCAGCAGAGAUCAAACAACACCUCAGGGAUCGACAGCAACACGUGGACCAAGAAGACCCUGACAUCGCUACUUACUUGUCUGGAGGUUCCGCACUCGUGGUUUUUGCAUUUCUACGUCCUUUCUGUAGCUGGCUCCGCGUUUUGGGCAUGGCAGUUUGUCACGAGAGGCGCCAUCAUGGAGGCUAUAGCCCAGGCACAGGUCAAAGAUGGGAGCCGAAGUGCGGAACUUGGUAGUGUGUUUGUGGCCUGGACACUGAUGGCAGUUCAAGGACUUAGGAGGCUGUACGAGAGUUUGGUGAUCAUGAAGGCUGGCAAAUCCCCCAUGUCUAGUGUUCACUGGAUCGUUGGGCUGGCCUACUAUGCCUGCAUGAGCGUCUCCGUCUGGGUUGAGGGAUCCGGUGCGAUUUUGGAGUCCUGGACCACAUCCCAGGCACCCAGCCUUCCCUCUACGCGCGCAGUCCUUGGAGUUAUCCUUUUCAUUUACGCGUCCUUCAAGCAGAAUGAGUGCCACAAACAUCUGUCAGGACUCAGAAAGUACACGCUGCCACACCAAGGGUGGUUCCAGCACAUCAUCUGCCCACACUAUACAAGCGAGUGUCUGAUCUAUGUGGCGCUAUCUCUCGUAGCUUCGCCGCCAGACACGGUGGUCAACAGAACCGUCUUCACAGGUCUACUCUUCGUUGCGGUAAACUUGGGCACAACGGCGAACACCACAAAAAAAUGGUACGCAGAGAAGGUUGGGGCCGAGAAGGUGGCUUCGAGAUGGAAGAUGAUUCCUUUCGUGUUUUGA